GCAAUUGCAGCGCGCAGUUGCCACUCUCCCAUGAUCCCAAUGGUGCACUACAAUACCUCCUUCUUUUAACGUGGCCCUCCCUCAUUAAUAUUCGAGUUUGUGUCAGUGUGCCGCUUGGUAUCGUCGCCAAUUGACCUCCACCGAGAUGCGUGUUGCUCUCAUACAGAGGCACGCAAAGCAUUAACCAUGCAUCCCACGAAUAGUGGCAAGCGAUCCUACCCGAUUUCCUCCUAUUCGCGCUCGAAGCUCAGUGCAUUUCGGUAUACAAGCAAGGACGGAGCAGACCCUGCGAAAUCACCCACGAAGACGCCAUCGAAAAAGGAGCAUGCCAAUAAAGAAAAUCAGUCCUCAUGGCUGAAUGGGGUGGUGGUACCUCCUGCUUUGGAUGAAAGCAAAGAGGAAUCAUCUCUGGGUGCAGCUGAGUCAAAGCCGGUCAAAGAAUGUCCUCAGACCCCGGGAAACAGGAUACCUUUGGCAGACCUGAUCGGCAAUGCUGAAGACGCUAUCACUCAAGCUCCUGGCCCUCAAUUCACGCCAGAAGACUAUGUGACCUGGCAGCAUGUGCCUGCGAGCUCCAACCAGGACCCUAUGUCUCAAACGCCUGCGAUAAAGGGCAGAAAGCGCUGCCACAGCUCAUCCCCGACUAGCUCGCCAUUGGCUGGGAACUCCAAGAACGCACGAAAAGGGUCUUUUGAUUUACAAGCAUACCAAGGCCUGAUAAAAACCCCUCAGCAUGAUCUUGCAACUGAACUAUGGAACAAUUAUGUGGGCAAGAUGGGUGCCAAUGGCAAUAAAGAACUCCCUCCUCGACUACCCAACCUUCCAUCGUCCUCACCUCAAACGCCUGCGUCGCUCAGAGCGGGUCGAGAUUCAUCUGGGCUGCGACGGUCGACCAGCUGUCUUGCUGAGUGGCCUAACUCCGCGGCGAAGCGGAGAAGGGUAGAUGGAGAAAAAUUAGGGACUGGUCGUGGAAUUUUCUCGCGGACAAAGAGCAGCCUGGCAGAUUCGAGCAGCUUCAAUCCCUCAAAGAUCAACUUUCUUGUUCAAAAGAUUGAAAGAAGCCUUCGUGAUACCCCAGCGGCACAGCCAGAUCCCUUAGGCUCGUCGCCUAUACCAGCCAGCAAGAGGGGACAGAGAGAUCGAUCAGUAUCACCAGUGGUUAGUAACAAAGCACCUCAGCAUACGACGCAAAGCAUUCCAGAGAAUGGGGAUCAACUGGUUCCACAGCCUCAAAGCAGAGAAACAGUGCAGAAAUCCUCGUCUGAUUUCGGAGACGAUGACCUGGAUGAUGACGAUUUUUUUGGUCUUGCGCAAGCUUCUAUGGAUCCAUUCGUGGAACCAAGCCAACAUGGCACCGGUAUAGGGACCAUGAAUCCCGAAUACGCCGGCACGUCAGCCCCGGUCAACCAGCAAAAGCCGCCGGAUAUGCAAUGCACCUAUCACUCUAUUACGAUGGAGUCAGCGCCGGCCAGCAACAUUGACAACAAAACCGAAUAUACCCUUGAUGCUGAUGAGUUUGAUGAUGAUUUUGAUGAAUUUUCGGAUAAUAUCGAAGACAUCCUCGCUGAAUGCGAUGCAACCCAGAAUACGAAGUUAGCAAGGCCUGCAGCAAAGAACUACCUGGCUUCCAACCAUUCUGGCUCGUCAAUGAAGAUUGACAAACCUGUGCCGCCGGUCGAGCCGGUAAAUGGGACUAGCAAGCCAGUUGAGGCGUCUUCGGGCGACGAGUUUGACGAUGAGGACUUUGACAUGGAUGCUAUCGAACAGUCUAUGAUGCAGUCAGGUGAAAAAGGGUCAAACCAUGUUUGUCACUCUUAGUGGGUAUAUAUCUAUUAGAUAUUCGCUAAGUAUUCUAUAAAUAGACCUUGGACAGUCGACGGGCCAUUAAGCGUUAUCUUAUUAUUGAUGUGGCUGAAUCUACUUAUGCAACCCCUAAAGGUCGCAUCCAGCCAGAGCAGGUGCUCU